AUGGCAUUUUGGCACCACAUGAUCGAAGAUGUGCAAGGGAGUGCAAUGGAGCCCCUUUCCAAAGCUUGUAGCGAUGCAUUGGCUCCUACCCUGCAUAUGUCCACCUCAGCACCAACACGCACCGUUCUUUCCUUUGGCAACGUACAUGAUUUUGAGAAGGCAUCGUUGGACAUCCCUGUGCAUAUCCUUAAGGCGACGGCACUUCAGCGCCCUCAGGCACCACGGCGUGUGAUGAAAGGGGAAGACGACAUGCAUUCAAAGCGGCAUGUCGAAUCGCGGCGCCUGCUAUAUCGUGCGGACGAUUUGCUCAAGGUCCAUAAGGCUGGUCAUGCCAUUGUUCCCCCCACCGCACAUACUGAGAUGGACAAUGUGACGCCCCUCCCUGAAGAAUGUGCUGCUUUCAUUCAACGCGCGUACAAACUUGGCGCGUCACUAGUGCCUCUAGAAAACGCGCCUCCAGCUUUGCCAACGGAAGCAGGCCUUGAAAUCUUGCAUUUCGUGAGUGCGAGCACAUACCGUCGUGAGUACCAUAUGGGCGAGACCUAUUAUGUCAUUGCGCAUCCCUCGUCAAAGCGCGCUCAAGUCGCGCUUUCUAGUCUCGUUCAGGCGGCAGCUGUCAAGGGCGUAUAUGCGCUAUGUCGACUCGUGACACGGCCAAACGCUGAUCCGAAGCUGUGUAUUCUUGCGCCACUCAUCGAGAGUGAGUACGAUGCAUUCUAUCUUGUUCAUGUGCCGUUCCGUGACGACGUCAAGCGUGUGGCCUUCCCACCGCUCGAUCGAGUUAUGACCAGCACAGGUGCUUCCAUCUUUGAGCACCCGACGAUCCCGACAAACGAGCAACAGUCAACCAUGGACGCCUUUGUUGAUCAGAUGGACCUAAUGGACAUGGAUGAUGAGGGCGAUCCUGAGGGUUGGUACACACCGACAUUGAGCUACCAUCCAGCCAUUCAUGGCUUAAAAAAUGCGAUCAAAUGGCGCUACUUGUAUCCACAAGCGCCGUUACUUCCGCUCCAUGCUUCUUUGCAACGUUUUCUUCAUGUGCCCCGGCGUGUCGAGGAACGUGCUCGUCCUGCCCGAGAUGCUUGUGCCGCUGCGUUCGGUGUGCAUGUUCCUCCAUCUCUUGUACCAACGGCGAAGCGCAAUGCUGGUCGAACAAAUGACGCGGACAUACAUACCGAUGCAAAUUCAGACACUAUCUCCUUGAAUCUGAUCCAAAGUGACAGCAAGGCAGUGCCUAAUACUGCGCCUGAGUCUGGAAAACUCACUCACUCUGACUCAGAUACUGACACCGACACCGGCUCCCCGCGAGCUCAUGACAUCGACCAAGACCCUCUAAACAAUCUCCGUGAGCAAGUGACUGUUCUAUCCAACACCCCUAGCAUACGCGUUGGAGAUGCUGGUCACCUUCGUCUGAAUCAUCUGAAGCCCGACUUCGAGGCGCUCCUUUCAACGGCGGCUGUGUCUGAGACGUGUCACGCCAUGGCACAAGCGCUUCUCGCUCUUGUUUCCGAAAAAAAAGAUCUAUCUGUUCUCAUGCCAGCGUUGCUUUCUUUUCGGCAGCAUGCAGCUGAGCUCGAUGAGGCCCUCACAUGGAAUUCGUACGUAUAUGAACCUGGCUGA